AUGGCCAGUAUGAAUGCCAGUGGCAAUGAGCAGAUGCAACUGAUCCAAGUUGACCCCGUCUGGAGGAACAUUUCACUGGUGCUGACCCAGAUCUUUGUGUGGCCCUUCAUCUACCUCAUCUUCCUCAUGCUCUUAAUAUUCUCCAAGAAAGAGACUUUCAGAACAGAGACACGUUAUAUAUUGUUUGGUCAUUCUCUCCUGGUAGACCUAAUGUUUCUUUUUCUGACAGAUUUUGUGGUGCUCUUAUCAUACAACUUUGUUUUACUACCUUUGCACUUCUGUAUCCCCAUCUGCAUGUUAAUGGAAGCGGUCACAGCAUGUGCACCACUGACUAUUACAGCCAUGUGUGUGGAGCGUUAUGUGGCCAUUUGCAUGCCACUAAGACAUCAGAUGAUCUCCACCUCUAGAAGAGCCCUAAUAGUGAUUUUAAUGAUUUGGAUCCUGAGCUCCAUAAGCCCCUUUGUUGAUAUGUUUAUCCUCAUUAGCACUGCCUCUCGUGAAUACUUGUCUCAACUGACACACUGCCACUAUGAGAUUAUGAUUCCCGAAAAGAUUCGUCACUUUGCUAGGGGUCUUUUGUAUGUUGUGGGGCUUGUGUUUAUCUUGAUAAUUGAAAUCUUUUGUUAUGUAAUGAUAUACCUUGCUGCACGUGCAGCGUCUGGUGACAAUAAGAAGUCAGCAUCAAAAGGGCAGCGCACUAUUUCUCUUCAUAUCCUUCAGCUGUUUUUGUGUACGGCUGAGGUCAUGUGUCCUUACAUUGAGGCUGUAGUUAUGCAGUAUGAUAUUCAAACAUACCUGACUGUCCGAUUUAUAAAUUUCCUUGCAUUUAGUAUCACUUCUAUAGCAGUAAGUCCUCUCGUCUAUGGAUUUAGAGAUGAGAAAUUCUACGCAGCUAUGGUUUAUUAUAUCAGAUGCAAAAACAACACCAUCUCAUCUGACACAAUUAAACAAUCAUGA